AUGGGAGAGAAGUUCACAAUUUACCUCAUUGAACACAACGCAGUGGAAGUGUUAAAGGAGACGGAGAAGAACACGGCGCCCGCCACCGAUGUGGACGGUGACAAUUGCGGGGUUCCUUUACAUCGGAGAGUCAUGAUGCCAACCAACGCCAACCAACGACCCUCCGCCAACCAACGAUCCUCCGCCAACGACCGACCCUCCGCCAACCAACGACCCUCCGCCAACCAACAACCCGCAAUAAAUCCCCCUGACUCGACAUCACGUAUAGUCUAUACUUAUGUCGGCCCAAGCUAUCCAGGGAAGUACAGCCCCAGCCAUCCAGAGGAGUACAGCCCCAGCUAUCCAGAGGAGUACAGCCCCAGCUAUCCACGGUACAGCCCCAGUCAUCCAGAGGAGUACAGCCCCAGCUAUCCACAGUACAGCCCCAGCCAUCCAAAGGAGUACAGCCCCAGCCAUCCACAGUACAGCUCCAGCCAUCCAGAGGACAGCUCCAGCCAUCCACAGUACAGCCCCAGGCAUCCAGGGAGUACAUCCCCAGCUAUUCAGAAGAGUACACCCCCCAACCAUCCAGAAGAGCACAACCCCAGCCAUCCAGACAAGUACAGCCCCAGCCAUCCAGAGGAGUACAACCCCAGCCAUCCAGAGGAGUACAACCCCAGCCAUCCAGAAGAGUACAGCCCCAGUCAUCCAGACAAGUACAGCCCCAGUCAUCCAGACAAGUACAGCCCCAGCCAUCCAGAGGAGUACAACCCCAGCCAUCCAGAGGAGUACAACCCCAGCCAUCCAGGAGGAGUACAGCCCCAGCCAUCCAGAGGAGUACAGUCCCAGGCAUUUCCUUUAUUUGGAGAAAUGUGUGAUCUGCCCAUGCUGACCUCUCUCUGA